AUGUCCACAUUCGAGCCAGUUGUCGUUAUCGACGGCAAGGGACACCUCUUGGGUCGCCUGGCCAGCAUCAUUGCAAAGCAGUUGCUCAACGGCCAGAAGAUCGUCGUCGUUCGAUGUGAAGCCCUCAACAUCUCCGGCGAAUUCUUCCGCGCAAAGCUCAAGUACCAUGCCUACCUUCGCAAGGCCACUCGUUUCAACCCAACCCGUGGAGGUCCUUUCCACUUCCGUGCUCCCUCUCGCAUUCUCUACAAGACCGUCCGCGGCAUGAUCCCCCACAAGACCGCCCGUGGUGCCGCCGCCAUGGAGAGACUUAAGGUUUUCGAGGGUGUCCCUCCUCCUUACGACAAGAAGAAGCGUGUUGUUGUUCCCCAGGCUCUGCGUGUGCUCCGCUUGAAGCCUGGUCGCAAGUACUGCACCGUUGGCCGUCUCAGCCACGAGGUCGGCUGGAAGUACCAGGAUGUUGUUUCUAGACUCGAGGAGCGGAGGAAGGUCAAGAGCUCAGCAUACUACGAGCGCAAGAAGGCUAUCCGACGACAGCUCGCUCAAGCCCAGAAAUCGGCCAAGGUUGACGAGAAGGUCAAGAGCCAAUUGGCCGAAUUCGGCUACUAA